AAAAAAGUCGAGCAGUCAGUGCGCGCGAGCAACACGUUUCUCCUGGACGUGAAAGUUUGUUUUCUACUUUAAAGUUCUUUGAUGUUCGGUUUUCCGUUUGAUUUCAGUGCUGGAAAAUAAUGUGCUGUUCUCAAUCCUAACUUCGUGCAGACUUUCUCUCUCAAGUUGAGGCGCUUGACCCAGGACAAUGAAGACUAGUGGGAGCUCAGCUGCCUUCUUGACAUUGCUGCUGUCCUCCUGCCUGGUCUCAGGGUCUGGUCAGUACCAAGGAGAUCAUGGAAUAGCUGUGCCUGAUCAUGGAUUCUGUCAGCCGAUCACUAUUCCCCUGUGCACAGAUAUCGCCUACAACCAAACCAUCAUGCCAAACUUGGUCGGACACUACAACCAAGAUGACGCCGGCUUGGAGGUCCACCAGUUCUAUCCGUUAGUCAAGGUACAGUGUUCUCCAGAGCUCAAGUUUUUCCUUUGUUCCAUGUAUGCGCCUGUAUGCACCGUUUUGGAGAAAGCUAUUCCCCCGUGUCGGUCUAUAUGUGAAAGAGCUAAGCACGGCUGCGAGGCGCUCAUGAACAAGUUUGGGUUUCAGUGGCCGGAGCGCCUACAGUGUGAGAACUUCCCAGUGUUGGGAGACGGUCAAAUAUGCGUUGGGCAGAAUGACUCGGUGGCCACCGUGGCUCCUGCACAUGUGCCCGCUGCCGGCACUCCCGGGGUCCAUUUAUUUUCCACGGCAGAAAGGCCGUUCCGCUGCCCGCCAACUCUCAAGGUCCCGUCCUACCUUAACUACAAAUUUUUAGGGGAGAUGGACUGCGGUGCUCCAUGCGAGUCAUCCAGGACACAUGGAGCUUACAUGUUCUUCACCGACCAGGAGAUUGAGUUUGCUCGUGUCUGGAUUCUAGUCUGGUCGUGCCUGUGCUGUGCGUCCACGCUGUUUACUGUGACUACCUAUCUAGUAGACAUGCAGCGUUUUAAGUAUCCCGAGCGCCCUAUUAUUUUCCUGUCCGGCUGCUACACCAUGGUGUCCAUCGCAUAUAUUACUGGCUAUUUCCUCGGGGACAAAGUGGCAUGCAACACGAGCUUUGAAGGCAGCUAUAAGACGAUAGUCCAAGGCACGAAAAGAGAGGGCUGCACCAUCCUCUUCAUGAUGCUGUACUUCUUCAGCAUGGCGUCCUCCAUAUGGUGGGUUGUGCUGUCCUUGACCUGGUUCCUUGCUGCAGGGAUGAAAUGGGGACACGAGGCCAUCGAAGCCAACUCGCAAUACUUCCACCUGGCGGCAUGGGCUGUGCCGGCAGUGAAGACCAUCAGCAUCCUGGCCAUGGGACAGAUCGACGGUGAUGUUCUGAGCGGUGUCUGCUUCGUAGGCCUGACCAACGUUGACCCUCUGCGCGGCUUCGUCCUGGCACCAUUGUUCCUCUACCUCUUCAUCGGGACAUCCUUCCUGCUGGCCGGUUUCGUCUCUCUGUUCCGCAUCCGUACCAUCAUGAAGCACGACGGAACCAAGACGGAAAAGCUCGAGCGCCUCAUGGUGCGUAUCGGCGUUUUUUCUGUGCUCUACACUGUGCCGGCCACCAUCGUCAUUGCUUGCUUCUUCUACGAGCAGGCCUUCCGUGAGCACUGGGAACGCAGCUGGAUCAGCUCACACUGUAAGACCCUGGCUAUCCCGUGUCCAUUGCAUCCCGCGCCACGCAUGACCCCAGACUUUACCGUCUACAUGAUCAAAUACCUCAUGACCCUCAUCGUGGGCAUCACCUCCGGCUUCUGGAUUUGGUCCGGAAAAACGCUGCACUCAUGGAAAAAGUUCUAUACACGCCUGACCACUGGACAACAUGGCGAGACCACAGUGUAGAAAAAAAUCUACUCUUACAUAAGGACACAGCAAGAAAAUGCAACUUUCUUUUUUUUUUUUUUGAGACAUUAAUGACUUUAAAAAAAAAUCAUUUACAAAGACAGAUUGUGGAACUCAUAUGUCUGUGCUUGUCAUCAGUAUUGGACAUUAUUGACAUUUUGCAGUUGAAUAUUCGAUGUCAUUUGUAAGAUAUUUGAUGAAUGAGGAGAUUUGAAGUGUUGUCUUUUUUUAUUUUAAUUGGUGUUGCUUUAUUUUGUCGUUUCGUGUUUGCAAAUGGACAAGCUAAAUAAAAAGCCAAAUAAGAACGUUACCAAGGACUUCCCAAAAGGAAAAAAAAAAGAAAAAGGCCAUUUCCGUGCCACGUGCUGAACCACUUUGGUCCUCAUUGCUUUUUUAUACACUCCUCGCUCUUCCUCUUCAACUCCUAAACCUAGAUCAAGAUGCCAGCUGGGAUUCCGGCAAGCGGUAGACGGAGGAGCAGGAGAAGGAAAACGCCUUUUGUAUGUGGAAUUCUUUCUCGCAGCAAACGGUGUUUAAGACGUGCCUCAAAGCACUGUAAAUAAUAUUUGUACAAAAAUAUAUAUAUAUAUAUGAAUAUAAUUAUAUAUUUGUAUUUAAACAGCUGGGUUAUACUUUUUAUUAUCAUUAUUAUUAUUAUUAUUAUUGCUUUAUCUCUGUCUGCUGCUAAUGAACACACAUUCACACACAUGCACGUGACAGCUCUGUAAUCAGGAUUCUCCCUCACGUGUCCGUACAGAAAUCUGUUUCGAAUUUAAAAAAAAAGAAAGAAAGAAAAGAAAGGUUCCCUAAAACAGAACACUACCUCCACAUGGCCCCUAAUUUUCCCCGCGCUCCAUAUCGCGUGCCUUUCUCUUUCUAUCUUUUCCAAAAUAACACAGAGCCUUCGGAAGCAUGAAUGGACAUUUGUGUUUGCGUGUGUGUGUGUGUGUGUGUGUGUGAGAAGGGGUUAAGAUGGGCGAUGGAGAGAGGGGGGAUGAGGGUGCUGUUUAAACAGGCUUCAUUUUGUAGGUGGAAAGUGUGAAGGAGACAGCUCUUGACAAGCAAAUGGGUUUCACAUGACGUGAAGAAGCGAAGGGGGGGUUUGGAAGGAGGAAAUAAAAAACCAAGGAGCACAUGACAACAGGACGAGUGUGUGUGUGUGUGUGCGUGCAUAUAUUUUUGCUUUUCUUGCUCCUUGCAUCUUUUUCAAGGUGCAACUUUCAACGUAACUCAGGAUUUGGGACAGUUCCAAAAGUUUUGGCACCCGCCUGUCUUUCACCAUUGUGUUCUUACAUUCCGUGCAAAUGUUGAUCAAGUGCCUGUUUCGGUGACCUGGCUUGCUUUGUCUCCACUGGCAACUAUUAAUCCCAGCAUUCUCUCAGACCUCUGUAUCCGUGUGUGUGUGUGUCUGUGUGUGUGAGAGAGAGAGAGCUGCGUAAGCUCAUAUUUCCAGUCUAAUGCAUGCCCUUGAGGCAGUCAAUUUCACGCUCAGUCCUUCAGACAAUAGCAGCAUUCUGUCUUUACCUUACUUCUCUGGCAGUUCACAUCGAAAACUUACGAAAACUUGGCCCGAAGUUCAGGCUGUUGUGUCUGUCUGGGUGUGAACGCAUAUUUUCAUGGAUCAGGUGCUCGAAAAGAAAAAAAGAAAAAGA